CUCAACUUUGCUGAUUGGCAACUUCCUCUGAAUGAAAUAGCUCGAUAAGACGCAAAAUCUCGGACUUUUCCAAAGUCACGUGCUAUUUGCUUCUAAUAAUAAUAAUAAAGCUGCAGCCUCUGCUGCUAUUACACGUAAAUAAAAGGCACUAAUAAUGGAAAACACACGGGUAAAACGAGAUACUGAGAAACCUUUGGUUUUGAAUGGUUGGUUGGUUGGUUAAUGUAAGCGCUCACGGUUGAGAGAGCCGCGCAUGCGCGAGUCUGAAAAAACUUUCACUUCCCCUCUGGUAAGCGAAUAUCAUAUAUCCGUGACGCAAAAUUGUCACUUACAAUCACAUUAGUUCCAGCGGCACCUGUGUUGACUGAAUCGCCCGGCAUCAAGACACUAAACCGAGAUAAAAAAAUACGACAGAGAAGUCAAGUCUCUGUGAUGGAAAACACAAACUAUGUGAAUAAGGAGUUUAUUAGUGUAUGGGUACGGGAUCCUCAGCAGCACAAGGAGGAUUUCUGGCACAUGUAUGUUGACUAUGAGAUCUGUCUUCAUACCAAUAGCAUGUGCUUUGGAAAGAAAACUUCUUGUGUUAGGAGGAGGUAUAGUGAGUUUGUUUGGUUGCGUCAGAAACUACAAAACAACGCUCUGCUCAUAGAGCUGCCUAAACUCCCUCCUUGGAAUCCUUUCUUCAAUCUCAAUAACGAUUUCCAGGUCACUCAGCGGAUGCAGGGGCUACAACAGUUUCUUGAGGCAGUUCUACAGACUCCAUUACUGUUGUCAGACAGUCGGCUGCACCUGUUCUUGCAGUCACAGCUGAGAAUUGAAAAAAUGGAUGCAUGUGCACGGGGACAAACGCACUACACCGUUGGGCAGGCAAUACAGCGAUGUGUCUGUGAUGCACGUUUCCCUUUGGAGGAGCAGCUUCGAGAAGAAGACCACAAAACUGGCUGGGACUCAGACUGUGACAGUACAACAUCCUCUGGCUUGGGCCAUAGUGUCGGACCUGCCUCAUCUGUUGAAGAGGAUUCCUUCCACAGUGAGAGCCUUGCACGUGAAUUCCAAGUCACAAUUCCUGAGACAGAACUCUUUAGCAACCAGUCUUCAUCUAGCAACAAGCAGCAUGUGCACUCUGUUAUAUAAACUGAAAAGAUAUCCAUUCAAAUGUGCACAUGUUCAUACAUGUAUACUCUGUGGUAAAGAGAGCCCCAACUGCUGCUUACAGCCUCCAAAGUUAUAUUUGGAUGGAUGAUAUUGAGAGGAAAUGAGGUCUUGAUUUUGCUUUAUUACAUGUUCUAUUUCUAUUAUUUAAAUGUUUGUGCUCAACACAUUGAAUCUUCCUCAAUGUCUAAAGCGGACAACAAACAUAUGGAGAAAAUUGGAGUCAGUUUUUUUCUUCACUGACACUUCAGGUGUAGACUGAGUUUAAUAUGGGCCUGUCAAAGAAGCAUUUUAAAUACAAAUAUGCUUUUGUUUAACAGAUUUUAAAAGAAUAUCAGUAAGACGAUAAUGUAUCCUUGACUGUUUCUUAAAAUCAUAUUUUCUAUUAGCAUGGGUGCUGAAGUCUGUAAAUGUAUGAUGAAAAGAUUUUAUUAAACAAAUAUGCUUUUAUUAUGAUUACAUAAAGCCUUAA